AUGACCGACCCCAUGUCAUCCGAACCUGAACCACGAGACGGUCCUCGCGACGCUGAGAUCCCAGCAAACGCCCCACGACUAGACUACAACUAUCCCGACCUUGGACGAAGCGAAAGCCCCAUAUUCCCCGAUGAGUACGUCGUCGAGACCAGUACCGGCCUUGUUCCACAAACCACACUGGAGCGAGUCCGAACCCGACCCUCUAUCUCAACUGACACUGAAAAGGCGAAGGCCAUUGAAUUCGUGACUUUUACCAUCGGAGAUCCAGAGCACCCACACAAUUGGUCGCGCGUCUAUCGUUGGUACAUCACCCUCGUUGCAUCGUCAUUGGUGGUAUGCAUUGCAUAUGGCUCCUCCAUCGUCACUGGUGGUCUGAACUUGAUUCAAGACAAAUACAAUGUCUCGUUGGAGGUUGCUAUCUUGACAUGCUCCAUCAUGGUAUGUGGCUUCGCCAUCGGACCCUUACUAUGGUCACCACUGUCCGAGAUCAUUGGUCGGAGGCCGGUAUACAUCAUCUCGCUGGCUCUCUAUGUGAUCUUCAACAUUCCAUGUGCCCUAUCGCCUAAUAUCGGGGGGCUCUUGGUCUGUCGAUUCCUCUGCGGCAUCUUCUCGAGUUCUGGCCUUUCGCUGGCUGGUGGGACCAUCGCUGAUAUCUGGAGUAUCGAAGAUCGGGGAUUGGCCAUCUCUUAUUUUGCCGCUGCUCCUUACUGUGGCCCUGUCAUCGGACCCAUCGUCACCGGCUGGAUCAGUGUCGGUAGUGGUCGUCUGGAUCUCUUCUUCUGGACGAACAUGGCUUUCGCGGGCGUGAUUAUGAUUAUAAUCGGUCUUGUCCCGGAGACUUACGCGCCCGUGAUUCUCAAGCGACGGGCUGCUAAAUUGCGCAAAGAAACCGGCAACCCAAACAUCAUCACGGAGCAAGAGCAACAUAAGCUCACAUUCCGCGAUAUCGCGCGUACCAGCUUGAUUCGCCCCAUCACCAUGAUCAUGACGGAGCCAGUCCUCGACCUGAUGUGCAUGUACAUUGUCCUCAUCUACGCCAUGCUCUAUGCAUUCUUCUUCGCCUACCCGGUUAUCUUCGGAAAACUGUACAACUUCAACGACGGCCAGAUCGGCUUGAUGUUCAUCCCCAUCCUGAUCGGUGCCGGCUUCUCUCUUAUGGCUACUCCGCAGAUCGAGAAGCAAUUCCGAAAGAUCUGCCUCAAGCGAGCACCCACCCCUGAGGACCGACUUAUCGCGGCGCUGAUCGGUGCACCAUUCAUCCCAAUCUCAUUGUUCUUGCUGGGUGCCACGUCUUUCAAACACGUUAUUUGGGUGGGACCCGCUUCGUCAGGCAUCGCGUUUGGAUUUGGCAUGGUGUUGUGCUACUAUUCCGUGAAUAACUACAUCAUUGAUUCUUAUCAAAAGUAUGCGGCUUCUGCGCUGGCUGCAAAAGUUUUCUUGCGAUCUGGUGGUGGUGCUGCUUUCCCGUUGUUUGUUACCCAGAUGUAUAACCGUCUCGGGUUGCAAUGGGCUUCGUGGCUUCUUGCUUUCAUUGGAGUCGGCAUGGUCUUCAUUCCUUAUGUCUUCUACAUCUUUGGUGCGAGGCUUCGCGCAAAGUUGACUCGGGAUCAGUCUGAAGCCGCGCCGGUUUGUCCUGCUUAA